AUCUGCCAGUACUUUGACCUGCAGUCACUACUUCCGGAACAUACCAUAGAAACUGCGAAGGAAGAGCCGUCCAAUCCGCCCAAACCCGUCCAACUGCCAAAGCAACAACAAAAACAGGAACAGCAGAAGCAGCAUCAGAAUCAACAGGAACAACAGAAGCAGCAGCAACAGAAGCUGCAGCAGCAGAAGGACGAUUUACGAAUUCAGAAGAUUUUUUAUAAAGCCCAGAAGUUACUUGAUUUAUUCGUGGAUGGUGAGAAGGCGGCCGUCACUGUAGAGGACCUGAAGACCCACUUUUCCCGCUUUGGCGAUUUGGUGGAAGUGGAUUUUUCUAUAGAUCCCACGACAAACAAGCAUGGGGAAAAUAGCUACGUCAGGCUGCAGCCGACAGUAGAUCCCAGCCACAUCCUCAAAACGGAGCACAUUGUUUGCGGAGUCCCAAUCAAUGUUAGGGAGGGUUCUGCAUCCCAUGAUUCAGUAUGUCCUUUACUGGAAUCUACAAAAGAGGCGGAAAAGAAGAAAGACACUGGCACUGCUACCGGACCAACAAUUUUUGUCGGUGGAAUCAAGAGAAAAAUGUCCUCGGACACCGUCACAGACGCGAUUCUGGCCUCGAAACGACACAACAUCGAGGGUGUGGACGUCGAAGUUAGACCGUUCUACCCUUCAAGGGGUCCUUAG